AUGUCUGUGGUGCUUUGUGUCUACGUUGUCUCUAGUGAGAGUUUAGUCCUGCUCGGUUUGCGCCAGUUUCCGCUUGACUACUUGGUCAAAGUCUGCCCGGUGAAAAUAUGUCCGGUCCAUCCGGACAUGGCUGUAAUUCAUUUUCUCACUGUCGCGCCAGUUUAUGAUGGGAGUGAAGCUCUCUCAAUUGUACCGCUUCUGCCUUCGGCUGACCAGACCGGCAAUUACUUCAUACAGGCUAAUUUGCAUGAAAAUCUCUGA